CAGGAGACCUUUGAAACGUUAGUAACAGAGUAAAAUUAGCCUUGAUAAGAAGGCAUAGGCCUAGUAUGACUAAGAUAUUCAAUCCCGCCAGUUCGAUAUCCAAGCUGCAUCAUCUACAAAAUAAGGAUAUAUCAUAUGUAGAGGUAGCCUACGUCGCAGCGUGUUGGCUGCUUAAAUGCUUUAUAUAGGCGUAUCCUGCCAACUGCGCAAUGCUAUUCUCUUUGUGGUGGUUCCCCGCGUGGUUGACUUUCGAAACUACCCCUUUGGACAGCCUUCUACAAGGGCUGGUGGGCGCUUAUGGCAUAUCGAUACUCGGCUGUUUCUUGAGAACCCACCUUUUCCUCAAAACCCUAAGUGGAGAUGAAAGGAACAGUAAGGAGAGACAGAGUCCCUGGAGUGGUGCCAAAGGCAGGCUAAGUGGAACUCUGCAGUUCUGGUUCUGCGUCGGUGUCCUGUCUCUGGUGGGUUCUCGUGUUGCCUCCCUGGUGGUUUUGGAGUUUAUCCUCAGAGCAGCUUUGGCUCGAGUGACAGUUCGACCGGACCUGUGGUCCAGUAGCACUGCACAGUUCCUCACUCAGUGCCAGUUCUCUCUGGGCUGUGCUCUGACCAGCAGUCUCCACUUUCUCCAGGAGGGGGCACCACACUGCUCACUGAACCUCUUCCUUGCAGCAGGCCUCAGUUGGCUCCUGGCCAGCUUGAGUAGCCGCAUCUGGCUCCAUGUGGUUCCACUGUAUCAACUGCACAGCUCCCAGCGCUACUGCGGCCUGUGCAUUGGACUUCUCACCUCAGGACACGCCAUUCUGCCCCUCUUAUCUCGAGGGGUCAUGCUGACCUUUGUCACUGCUGCCUUUGCUGGCCUGUCAAUUGUCAGUCGCGAUUUCCUGUCUUCUGCAGAUGCACUGAGAUUCUGGAGCCCACUAACCAUCUGCUACACACUGCUGGUGGUCUAUAUGCAUGAUGAGCAGCGCCGGCACACGGGACCUCAGGCCCUGCUCCAGGCUGUGGGGGUACGGUUGGGGGGGCUGCUGGUGCUGAUGCUGACUGUGGGCCGCUGGGUCGAUGUGCUCCACAUCCUGCUCUGCUUCCUGGGUGAGGCUGGCUGCUUGCUCCCCAGCCGAGAUCUGCUGGAUGCUGCAUUGCAGGAGACAGGAAGGGAAGGGGAACCACACAGAAGGACUGGGAGGCCAGGGAGACUACAGGAAGCAGUCCUUACACCUCGCAAAGAUAAAGAUCUGUAGCUGCUCAAAGCUCAAUGCAAAUGAACAUUUCCCAGACAAUAUAGAUUUGGUAAUCCCCGGCAUGGCAUGUCAGCCAUUAGCAAGGGCGCUAUUGUAUUACUGUUUUAGAAUGUGCUGAAAGACACUGGGAAAUCAGUAAAAGAAGGGUGAGCGGAGAGAUUAGAAUAGAUGUAGUCUGAUGUACAGUGCAGGGAUGAAUUGGAACGAGGGGUUAUUGUACAGAAGCAUGGAAACCUGAGUGUUGGUUUGUGCUGAACAGGACCCAAGAUGCCCUUUAGUUUUGUAUAUUUUUUGAUAUACUCAUUGUUCCAUCUUUCAACUGCUUAUCUUGAUCGGGGCCAAAAAUAACAAUAAAAAAAUAACAAAAGGGCACAUUACAAAUCAGGCAGAAGUAUUUUACAUACUAUACAUGUAUACCAAAGGUGUAUAUGUCCAUGUAACAUAUCUGCCUUUGUUUACUAUCAUAUCAGAAAAAAACGUUUAGUGGACAAAAUGUAGAUUGACCUUUGGCACAGUAAUGCAAACAAAAAGUCCACUAUUUAAAAUUUCUGUCUAAAGAUAUUCAAUUCAUGUGUGAACUGGAAGAAUAUUUGUUUUACUGCAUGUGUUUCAUUUUCAAUGGAUCAGCUGUGGAGUCUACAUUUAUGGUGUUUUUGUAUACUUUGUAUUCAAGCAUGAAGACCUGCCAUACAAACACACUGCAGAACUUCAGAAGAGAAAGGCACCUGGAGAUGUGAGGAUGCUAUCAGAGAUGCUUUUGGGGAAGAGCCGGGAGUUUGAUUAGACAUGUCAAUAGAUCACAAAGGAAAUGCGAUUUCAGAUGUCCCGUGUUUGCUGAUAUGUAAACCCUCUGUAGCAUACUUUUAACGGCUCUUACGUGCAAAAUUGUUUACUUUGUGAUAUGGCACAGAAUCACUAAACGUUGUAGCCACAAUAAUAAAGGAAUAUGUUUUCUCGUACUUCAAUAAGUAUAAAAUGUUUUCUCAUUGGUUCAAGGAGUGCUGUAUGUUAGCCUUAUAUGACAUGCAGUUCUUUCUGUGAAACAUCGCAUGAACACAAUCUGCUAUUAAAGUCUGGUCAAAGGGA